GGAUGGAUGACAUUAUCAGUCUUCUGAAGCAACGAAAAGUUCCAAAGGAGCAAAUAGACAAAAUUCAAGAAGAUAAGAUUGACCCUGCUGUAAUGCUACUGAUGUCAGAUGAACAGCUGUCAAAAUACUUACCCUGAUAUGGAGAUCGUCUGGCAGUUUUGUCAUACUGCAAAAGGAAAGACAGUACUUUAAAACUAAAAUUAUGAAAGAAUAAGAAACCAAGAACAGAUAAUACAGAAGACGCUGACUGUGAACUCAGCAACAGGAGAAAGACAGUAAAGGAAAGUAGAAACAUUGAAAUUGGCUGGAUGCUGUAUGAGGAAUCCCAGAGUUCUUUUGUACAGGGUCGCACAAAGCGAGGUGGUGGAACACGGAAAUUGGAGGUGCCAAAAGAAUAUAAGAAGGAUGACCUGCUUAAAGAGGGAAUACGGUUGUUUUUCCCAAAUGGAAAAAAUUCUGUUGGAAAUCUGGAUGAUUUUGAAUUUAACAUGACAAAUUAUGAAAAUGUAGCCCUGGAUGACAUUACCACUGUUGGAGCACUUGACACUCAAACCAAGCUAUCAACUCUGCGAUUUUAUUUAACAGCAAAAAGAGCAAAAAAAACACCUGGCUGGAAAGAUGGUAUGCAAGAAGUCUGUGAGGGAGUAAAUCCUGUGUCACUGAACACAUCAGUCAGAAGUGAAACUAAAAUUCCAGAGUUGACCCCUCUUAUUGAUGAAAUAUGCUCUCCUGAUUGCCAUACCACUUUACCUUGUGCUGAAAUGGUUGAACGAUCAACCAUCAGAGGAGAUUCUUGUCUUGAAGCAGGACAACUAAUAGCAAUGCCAUCUGCAACAACUACCAUUAGUCCUGAAGAAUCUACGAGCAUUGGUGCUUGUGGAGGUUACCAGGACCCUAAGAGGUCCAGUAACAUCAUUGUCAUCUAUGAAGCUACAGAUGAAGACACUUAUUUCUUGCGUAGCGAUACUGAAAGUGGUCAGGCCUUAGAUAACCAUUAUUUUGAAGACAGUACUAUUUCAUUUUUCAUGGGAAAUCAUGGAGAAACUGAUGACCCUCCAUUGGAUGAUACUCUACCUCUGUCAGAUACUAUCCAAGUAAAUAUCUGCAGUUCUGAGCAAAAGAAGAUUCUUUGUGUUCAUCGUGGCCAACUGUUACAAGAACUCAUUGCACAUUUCUCUGAAGAUGGCAUUUUGGAAAAUGAGAUCAGUAUUCAACUUGUACUUCCUGAUGGAAAAAUUGAAAAGGCACAAGAUGAAGGGGGUGUCAUGAGAGACUGCCUACAUGAGUUUUGGAGUGAUUUCUAUGAGCAGUGUACACUUGACACAGCAUACAAGAUGAAGGGGGUGUCAUGAGAGACUGCCUUCGUAAGUUUUGGAGUGAUUUCUGUGAGCAGUGUACACUUGACACAGCAUACAAGAUGAAGGGGGUGUCAUGAGAGACUGCCUUCGUAAGUUUUGGAGUGAUUUCUGUGAGCAGUGUACACUUGGCACAGCAUACAAGAUGAAGGGGGUGUCAUGAGAGACUGCCUACAUGAGUUUUGGAGUGAUUUCUGUGAGCAGUGUACACUUGGCACAGCAUACAAGAUGAAGGGGGUGUCAUGAGAGACUGCCUACGUGAGUUUUGGAGUGAUUUCUAUGAGCAGUGUACACUUGGCACAGCAUACAAGGUUCCUUUUCUUAGACAUGAUUUUGGGAAAAAAAACAAUGGGAAAGUGUCGGCCGCCUGCUGGUUUUUGGUUGGAAAAGAGAAAAGUACUUUCCUAUAAAGCUAGCUCCAGUAAUUGUAGAGCAAGCUGCAUUUGGUGCUGUAACAAGCGACCUUAUCGCAAAUUUCCUGCAGUAUGUCCCAGAUUCCGAAAGGGAAUUAUUUCAGCAGGCAUCCUGUAGUUUCGAUUUGGUUGACAAAGAGGAACUGUUGGAAGCCUUAGAUAUGCAUAACUGUAGAAAGGUACCAACUGCAGGUAAUUUUGCAAUGAUUUUACAUGAAAUAGCCCACAAAGAAUUGCUUCAAGAACCAGCUUUUGUGAUUGACCAGUGGUCUGAAAUUCUUGCCCCGGUGGCUUCUGACUUUAAAGAUCUGUAUAAAAAGUAUGAUGAAAUGCAACCGUCUUCAAGAAAACUUGUGAAAUCUCUAAAAUUCCCAACAACUACUCUUACAAAUCCAGCUGAGAGAGACAUCCAGAGUUACUUGUUGAGAUACAUGAGGGAGUCAGAUUUGGAACACCAGAGUCGGUUUCUUCGAUUUUAUACAAGAUCUGACUUGUUUCUUGGUAAAAGCAUCACAGUAGAAUUUACUCACCUACAAGGUUUACAAAGAAGACCAGUUUCCCAUACUUGUGGUUGCUUCCUUGAGUUAUCAGUUUGCUAUGAUAACUAUCCUGACUUUCGGUCAGAAAUUAAUCGAAUUUUGGAGAGUAAUGUUUGGGUUAUGGAUUUGGUGUAAGUUGUUGGAAAUGGGUUCAGAAAUCAAAAUAACAGUAAAAUCUAAGAGAAUGGGGUUUAUUUUCCAGGGGGAUAACAAUUUUAUGAUUUUUUUUUUCUAAUGGAAGGUACUAGAAAGCAGUAAAUAACUUGCUUUUGGAAUAUCCUUAAAAACUUGAUGUCAAGCCAAAUUCUCACUUAGCAUUUACAAAUGUUAUGGGUGCCUAACAAUACGAUGGUGUAUUAGUUUCUUUUAGUUUUAUUUUAUUAUUUUAGAACUCGUGACUUCAAAGCUUUCAAUAGUAGUUAUUAAAGGGGAACUCAGGUAUGUUGUUUUUGUUCCCAUAUGUUUAUGUAAGGUAUGUAUUGUUUUUAUUAAACCUGGUUGACAUUCUGAACACUUUUUUACACUAUUGAAUUGCA